AUGUAUGCUGCCACGACUUUCGUUGAUCUCGGAGGAGUUCAGGUGUGGCAGUUGCUAACGAGCAUCUUUUAGAGGUGACGUAAUGCGAUCUGCGCAUGGGCCAAGGCUCCACUCUCGUUUGACUCCCUACUCAAAAUCCUUCCCCAUCACCACCUCCCGACAUCUUUACAGGACACUCUCCAUAAAUGCCACGGACAAUCUGCUGCUCUCGGUUUCCCUGUGUAUUGCUCUUGGCCACGUAUUCUCUGCCCGAUGUUUGUCUACAGUUUCGUUCAUUAGAUGCUUCGAGAUGCGGAUCGAGGUGCGGCUCGUCGAAAGGAUGAGAUGGACUAUUCGCCUGUUCAAGUUGUUCCUGAUGGAUUUGCAGAAAGUCAUCUCCUUCGUUGGACGACAACGGGGACCCCUCUAGUAGCAAAAUCCAAUCUUAUAACACCAGGACAUGCACACCGGUGUAACGUGUGUGAUCCGAAUGAUUGGCCGGAAGCAGGCG